CUUCGCCUCCCGUCAUCAUCCGACACAACAGCAUCCAGUAGUGAACAGUGCAGUGCUGACAGACCGCUGUGGAUUUUUGGAUUUAAGACAGACGGCCAACGUGACAAAGAAGGAAAAUCAACAUCAGCAGAGAUGGAAUCUACAUCUUGGACAAUCGCCCUUUCUGCCGUCGUCGCCCUCCUCUAUGUCCAUUGGGCGGCAAGUCAAGGAGCGCUUGAAUACCCAACUUACAACGAGGUGCCACAGGGUCUCAUGUUUUCCUGCAGCUCCCGCCCCCCGGGCUACUAUGCUGAUCCUCAAGCUCAAUGUCAAGUGUGGCACUGGUGCCUUCCGUCCGGGGCGAUGUACAGCUUCCUCUGUCCCAACGGAACCGUCUUCAACCAAGCUGUCAGGGUGUGCGACUGGUGGUUCAACGUCGAUUGUCCAUCAUCCCCGGAUCGCUAUAACGUAAACGAUGACCUCUACCGCGACGCCAAAGGCAAUUACAUCUAGUGUCAACUAGUGCCAAGAGAUCGAGUUCUAAUACCAAAAGGAACAAAAGUUCCUUGUCCAACGUUACCAACGGCAGAAUCAUAAAUUUAUUUACUUUGAUAUUUGUAACAUACAAGUUUCCCAUGAAAACCGAAAGGUUUAUCCUUAUUUUAAACCAUAUUUUGUACCUAAAUAUGUUGACAUUUUUUAUACAUACUUUUUUUUGUAAUUUGUAAUUUAUGUUAAA